UCCAGGAGGCAAGGAGUCAAGGCCUAAGCGUGCUUUGCGCUUGUAAGAGAGAGAAUACUGACUCUUCUAGAGAGAGAAACACACUUUCAAAUUGACGGGAGGUUUCCGGCGACUGUUGCUGUUGUCGGUCGUGGUUUGCUCCGACGGCUAGGACAAGUAACCCGAACGGAAGUUUUAAGGUUAAGCUAUUUUUGAGAGAGCGUUUUGUUUCGGUCGACUGGAGAACUCGCUGUCUUCGCUGCUGCUUCUAGAGAUUAUCACGAGCGAAAUUUGGCGUUUCGAGCGGUUGAAUUGCUCUCUUGUUUUCUCCUUAACGGCCUGAAUUAUAAGUUACUAUGGUGGAGAUGGAGUGGCCUGGGAGUCUUGAUGAAUAUUCAAAGCUUAUCAAUCGGAUGAACGCGCCCAGGGUUGUAAUCGACAAUACCGUAUGCGAAACUGCGACUCUGGUCAAGGUCGACAGUGCAAGAAGACAUGGAAUCCUCUUGGAAGCUGUACAAGUGUUAACGGACUUGAACCUUUCAAUUCAGAAAGCUUACAUUUCUUCAGAUGGAAGAUGGUUCAUGGAUGUUUUUCAUGUGACUGAUAUUGAGGGAAAUAAAUUAACCGACCAGGGCGUUAUUAGCUACCUUGAGAAGUCACUUGCAACGAUUCACUGUGGCAAAGCUGCUGCCUCAAACGAUUUCACAGCCCUGGAGCUAACUGGGACAGACCGUGUCGGGCUUCUUUCGGAGAUAUUUGCAGUGUUGGCUGAGCUUCAAUGCGAUGUUGUUGAGGCUAAAGUGUGGACUCAUAAUGGCCGAAUCGCUUCCUUAAUAUAUGUCAAGGACUGUAAUUCUGAUUCCCCUAUCAAUGACUCCCAGAAAAUAGACACCAUUGUUGGACGUUUGAGGAAUGUUUUGAAAGGCGAUGAUGACAUUCUUUAUGCCAAGACCUCGGUCUCCAUGGCGGUCACCCAUACUGAAAGAAGGUUACACCAGAUGAUGUUUGCUGAUCGUGACUAUGAAAGGAAGCCUGUUCUGCAGCAUAGUGAUGAUGAUUCACCUGUAGUGACAGUUCAGAAUUGGGUUAAGAGGGGUUACUCAGUUGUGAAUGUUCAAUGUAAAGAUCGAAUGAAGCUGUUAUUUGACGUUGUUUGCACGUUGACCGACAUGGAUUAUGUAGUUUUUCAUGGCACCAUCACUACAGCAAUGGAUACAGCAUAUCUGGAAUUUUACAUCAGGCACACUGAUGGAACUCCAAUUAGCUCCGAGGCUGAAAGGCAGCGUGUCAUCCAAUGCUUACAAGCUUCCGUGGAGAGGAGGACAUCACAGGGUGUGAGAUUGGAGUUGUGCACAACCGACAGGCCAUGUCUCUUAGCGGACGUUACCAGAACAUUUAGAGAGAACGGUUUAAACGUCACAAGAGCAGAGGUAUCGACUUCAGCAGAGGUAGCUCUAAACCUCUUCUACGUAACGAAUGCACAUGGGAGUGCUGCAGACGCGAAAACCAUCGAGUCUGUUCGGGAGAAAAUUGGGUUGAGCAGCUUGAAAGUGAAGGAACUGCCAUUGAUUUCUCAACAAAAGACAGAAGGGGAGGAGCAGGCGGCGGGUGUUGGUGGGGCCGUGUUGUUAUCUCUUGGGAGCAUAUUGAGAAGGAAUCUAUACAACUUGGGAUUGAUCAGGUCAUACUCGUAGGAAUAAUAUAAUAGCAGAGCAUGGAAAGUUAAAAGGAAAAAGCAAUCGAGUUAUUCCAAGAUUUGUCCAUAUGUCUAGUUUAGCCUAGCAUAUUCUUUGCUUGAAGUUUGGUCAUAUUGUGUACAUAAAAGAAGCAACAUUUGAAGGAAGGGAAGGGCUGGUUUGGUCGGCGAAGAGGAGAAAGAACAAGGGAACUGCUUGUUAUACGUCUGCCAUCUGCUGCUGCUUGCUUAGGUUGUAUACAGCUUAACACAUUGUACAUAACACCCUUUUUUUAAGUACUUGAAUCAAUCUUUACCUUUUGUUUUU